GGCAUCAGGAGCGCGCGCCGUCCGCGCGCGAGUGCUCCCUUAUUUCGGUGCCACUCGCCGCACUCGCUCGAGAGUUCGCGUCAACUGUCGCGUGCAAGCGUUAUUAACCCCUUUUCGAAGUCGCCGUCGCCGCUGCCGCCGUCGUCAUCAUCGUCCUCGUCGUUCACCCUGUAGCAGCCACCGCUGGCCACCACCGAGGGGUGACUCUUUCUCCUCUCUUCUUCUUCCUCUUCCUCUUGUCCUCGGCACAGAGAGAGAGCCUAUGUACGCUGGUGUGCUGUUGCGCGUUUUCCGAUAUCGUUCGGCAACAGAUAUAACAAACGGACGAGGUCGACGCUGAUCCACUGAGGGACCCUCGCUUCCUGGUGACCUCAGCCAUGUUCGCCAAGUCCAGAGGCAGCAGUACGACGCCCUGCGAUCUGCUCCCGGACCCGAUACGCAACACCUACGAGAUCGGGAAGCAGUCAGCCACGGCUGGACCGGAUGUCUGGCGCAUCUACGACGGCUACCGGAAGAAGGACCGAAUGGAGGUCUCGAUCUUCCUGUUCGACAAACGCUCCGUGGAGAAGCUGCACAAGCCGAAACGCAGGGAAACGGUCACGGACAUUUUGCGAGCUGGCGCGACUCAGAUGGAACGAUAUUCGCAUCCGAAGCUCCUGCAGGCGUACAAAGUGGAGGAGUGCGCGGACACGUUAGCCUUCGCCUCGGAACCGGUCCUGGCCAGCCUAGCGAACGUCCUGGCGUACAAGGAACAACUGGCAAACACCCUCGCGGCGCAGUCCUCGGGACCGCUGGGGAAGCAGAAUCAUCCCCCGACCACGAGCCACCAUCGUUCGACCUUCGUGAAGGAGUACGAGCUGCUCGAGCUGGAGAUCAAGUACGGCCUUUUGCAGAUCACAGAGGCCCUCUUAUUUCUUCACGGCAACUGUAAAUUUCUUCAUAGAAACGUUUGCCCGACAAGCAUCAUCAUCACGAAGAGAGGCACGUGGAAGUUAUCGGGAUUCGAGUUUCUCGAGGCGGCCAAGGAGAUACCAAUAACCGUGCAAUCGUGGACGAAGCACAUGCCUAAAAUGACUCAGCCCAAUCUCGAUUACAUAGCGCCGGAGGUGCAGCAGAAGAAGCUCGCGAGCUUUUCCAGCGACAUGUACAGCCUAGGUAUGACGAUAUGCGCGAUCUACAAUCAGGGCCGACCUCUGAUACAGGCGAAUCACAGCUGCUCGGAUUAUCUCAAGCAACUCGAGACCCUGGACGAUCAAGUCGCCGUUCUUCUGCCGCUGGUGCCGAUACCCUUGCGAGAAGCCUGCACGCGACUCCUGCACAAGGAUCCGGAGCAGAGGCCAACCGCGCAAAUAUUGACCAUGAUCAAGUUCUUUCGGGACCCGUUCGUGCACGCCCUGCAAUUUCUCGAUGUCAGCAAAAUGAAGGACGUGUCGCAGAAGGAGCACUUUUACACGACGACUCUGAGGGAACUCCUGCCGUACAUGCCGAAGAAACUCUGGUAUCAGCACAUCUGGACGUAUCUUCACGCGGAGUUGCAGACGCAGGAAGUGCUGUCGGCCGUGUUGCAGCCUAUGCUCUACAUCGUUCAGAACUGCACCAAGGAGGAGUACCAGCAAAUUGUGUUUCCCACGCUCAAACCGCUCUUCACCAAUCGGAAGUCGAUUCAGGGAACCGUCACCCUGCUGGAAAACCUGCACGUCAUCCUGGAGAAGACGCCCCAGGAGCACGAGCGCGAGGUCCUUUCCAUGCUGUACAUGUCCUUCGAGAACUCGACCAUUCAAGUACGGAUGGCCGCGUUUGUGGCCGUAUCGCACGUGACGAGCUACCUCGAGGACGACGCCAUACGUAAUGUGGUGCUGCCGAAGCUGCUGGACGCCUUCGAGAACAACUCGGCGGACGCGCGAGUACUGAUGGACGUAGUGCCGUGCAUCCUGAGCCGUCUCGAGAAGCAGAAGAUCAUCGACUGCAUCCUACCGCUGCUCUGUAAAGUCAAGCUGCAAGAGCCCGAGAUCGUCGUGCGGGUUGUAAAUAUUUACAGGCUGAUGCUCACCGAUAAAAAAUACGGCUUGUCUGUCAACUGGAUGGCGGCUCAUGCGAUGCCAUCUUUGCUGCCACAAACCGUCAACCCGGCUCUGAAUCUCGAGCAAUUCAUCUUGCUCCUCGAGGUGCUGCAGGACAUGUUGAAUAACAUCGAGAGAAAUCAAAGGAACAAAUUGACGCUUGACAAUCUAUCACUACCGAGUCCGGACAAGUAUCGAUCCCUGCGACAUCAGUACAGCACCGAUAACAUGCACGUGCCGACAUUCAACAUUCCGAAUUUGCGCAUCGAGCAACGCAAGACCUCAUCGGCCGAGGAUAUGGCCAGGAAGAACAGUAUCGGUUCCUUAUCGACGGCGUCCGCGGAAAAUAUGGCACGGAAAAAUUCGAUGGCUGCGAUGUUUGGCGGAUGGUUCACCUCAUCGUCGCCCAACGACAACAAUUUCCUGCGUGUGGCCAACACGUUCACGAGCAGACGCCUGUCGGAUAACACUUUGAUGACGCCGAAGAUAAGGAUAGCGCCGUCCUGCGCCAGUUCGCCAGGUGGGACACCCGGAAGUGGUUUACCGAUUCGUCGACACUCCAGCACCGGACCCCAGGAACGACGUGGAUCCAAUAUUAAUUUAUCCCCGCCUACGGGAGGUGGGAUGCCGAUCACGAGUAGCAGCGUGCCCUAUCUGCUCAGUACGAGCCUAAACAGUAUUCGCGGCUCGAGAAGGCCGUCCGUAUCCUCGACGUCGUCGCAGCAGGGAAUCGGGCUACUGCAGCAGGUUGGCUCCAGCAUGGUAAGACAACUACCCCUCUGCCUGAACCUGAAUGGACCACCACCACCACCAACACUCUCUCCAUCACUCCAGCUACCGGGACAACAUUCCCACUGACCCUCCGUUACAGUGUAAGGAUAUUCGCUAAGACUUUGCUUCGUGCUUGCCGCUUUCUCUCUCUCUCUCUCUCUCUCUUCUCUCUUUCUCUAUCUCUUUCUUCUCUCUCCGUCUGAUCACUCCCACAUGCACCUCUUCUCCUUAGAGAUUAGAUUCUUGAUUAAGGCUCCUGGCUCCUCGCCGAUCGUGUUGGAAUUGUGACGUCAGAGGCGAGAAAAUGCACGCUGAAAAUUCCUUGCGUACCAUUUUUAAAUAAAAAGAUUCUUUGAUGAAACACAAUUUCAGAUGGCUUUCAAAAUAGUGUGAAAAUUAUUUUUCCCUUGACAAUCAACAACCGUAAAAUAAUUGUGAUAUCAGAUUUUGUUAUUUUACAGCUGUUGAUUGAUUAAAGAGAAAAGGAUAAUUUCAGAUUAUUUUAAAAGUGUGC